CCCCGCCAGCCGAGGUCCGCGUACUUAAAGCCGCGCGGGCGGGCGAAUGCGGGCGGGCGGCCCAUUCGGGCGGUGGCAGAUGCGCCCAGCGGUGGCAGCCGCCGGCGACGCGCAGGUGACCGGCCUGCGGCACAGCCUGGUCAGGGGGCGCCUGGGGAGAGCUGGCGGGAGAAGGAGGCCGAUCCGCCCCCAGCGUGCGCGCGUCUCGGCGCCAGGAGUCGUCCCGGGGCGUGUUGGCGAGCACUGAUAUAGAUAUAAGGACAUUUCUCUCCAUGGCGUCACGUGACAUAAUUACCACCAGAAUCAAUCAAGAUGAAUUGCACGUCAGCGCCCGGUGGGGAUUUUUGCUUAGUUGAUCCUGGCCCAAGCCUCUUGUGCAAUCGAUGGCUCAGGUUGGCGGCGCGGGGAGCGGCCCGGGGCUUGCCGGCGUGCACGCCACGGAGCCAUGAACGACUUUGAGGAGUGCGGCCCGAGCGCAGCCAGCAUGUACCUGCCGGGCUGCGCCUACUAUGUGGCCCCGUCGGACUUCGCUAGCAAGCCGUCGUUCCUUUCACAACCGUCGUCCUGCCAGAUGACUUUCCCCUACUCUUCCAACCUGGCACCGCACGUCCAGCCCGUGCGCGAAGUGGCCUUCCGCGACUACGGCCUGGAGCGCGCCAAGUGGCCAUACCGUGGCGGCGGCGGUGGCAGCGGCGGCGCGGGGGGCGGUGGCGGUGGGGGCGGCCCUGGCGGGGGCGGCGGCACCGCUGGGGGCUACGCUCCCUACUACGCGGCGGCGGCGGCUGCAGCGGCGGCGGCGGCGGCGGCCGAGGAGGCGGCCAUGCAGCGCGAGUUGCUCCCGCCGGCGGGUCGCCGGCCAGACGUACUCUUCAAGGCGCCAGAGCCGGUGUGCGCAGCGCCCGGGCCACCACACGGCCCCGCGGGCGCCGCCUCCAACUUCUACAGCGCGGUGGGCCGCAAUGGCAUCCUGCCGCAGGGUUUCGAUCAGUUCUAUGAAGCGGCGCCCGGGCCCCCAUUCGCCGGACCGCAGCCCGCGCAACCGCCCGCGCCGCCACAACCCGAGGGUGCUUCUGACAAGGGUGACCCCAAGACCGGGACUGGUAGCGGCGGGGGCAGUCCCUGCGCCAAGGCGACCCCCGGCUCGGAGCCCAAGGGGGCAGCGGAAGGUGGCAGCGGAGAUGGCGAGGGCCCCCCGGGGGAGGCGGGGGCCGAGAAGAGCGGCGGCGCAGUGGCCCCCCAGAGGUCCCGGAAAAAGCGCUGUCCCUACACCAAGUACCAGAUCCGCGAACUGGAACGCGAGUUUUUCUUUAACGUAUAUAUAAACAAAGAGAAAAGACUCCAACUCUCUCGGAUGCUCAACCUCACUGACCGGCAAGUCAAAAUCUGGUUCCAGAAUCGCAGGAUGAAAGAAAAGAAACUGAACAGAGACCGUCUGCAGUAUUUCACUGGAAACCCCUUAUUUUGAAAGCUGCAGGAAGCGCCCCCUCCCCAGAGCCCCACUGACCCACCCUCCUCCCCACCAGCCUGCCCUCCGCAGGCCCAAUGUCCUUGGGUUUAAUGACGCCUCUUCUCUGUGGAACUUCACGAUUACUUCCCACGGUCAACUCAAGACCUCCCAGCGACCACUGCAGCCUGCGGACCGGGGACUUGGCCGAGCGGAUCCUAAUAAGGGGAAAAUGGUAAAUGCAAACGUCCCUUUACAAUUUUACCGCCAAUGUGCUGUCGUUCCCCCUCCCCCUCUCAGAGUCCUCGCGGGGACCCAGCGGGAUCUGUAGGGAGUUAGGCCACAGGGCUAGAAGGCGCUGGCGUUUUGUUCUGAGAUUAAGAUAUCCCUUCCUUCCCCCUCCCUGAACGCAGAUUAUUUAAACUCUGGGAACUGUACCUUUGGUCUGUCAUAUCAAGGCAUGAGUCACUGUCUUUUUGUGUGUGAAUAAAUGGUUUCUAGUAAAAUUGAGGUCACAGCUUCAAUACACUGUAUGAAUUUUCCUCUUCGAAGAAGUUUAGUGACUGAUUAGGAUAUUGUAGUGGCCAGAACCCUUCUCUGAAAAUCGAGUGAAAUACUUUUUUAGUCUCUAAAAAUAGGAGUUGUUCCCUCCCAUCUCUGGGAACACUGUUUUUAAAAAUCAUGUUAGUGAUGAAUUUCUAAAAAGAUGUGACCCAGCCAUGCUGGUGCUGUCCUCUUUAGGCAGUGAGGCUGGAGCAGAAGGAACCUAAGAAGUGAAUCCCCACCCCCACUUCUAGUCUACUGAACUUGGAAUUUCUGAAAAGACAAACAAAAAUUUAAAACUGAUUAGAAAAUCCAAAUUAUCUCUUAACAAGGUGACAAGGAGCCAGGUUAAAAGAAGAAACCAAAUUUAGAACCCUCCUUGUUAAUAUGUAAGUGGAGGGAUGCUAAAAUGAGGUUUAGUGAGUGGAAAGGGUUUGGGGUCCUUGCUAGUGUCAUAGUGGGCCUGUACCAGGGAAUGUAAGCCCCCCUCAUUGGAUGCAGGCCAAGGGCUGCAGACCUGCCUCUUCCUGCAUUUAUCGCUUUAAGUUAAAGAAUGUGGUGAGGGCUGCACUGCACUUUAUGUUGCAGGGCCAGGCCAGGCUGUUUACAAAACCUUGAACUGUCUAGACAACACCAUAAAAGCCAAAGUUCUAAACAGCUUAAUUGGGUUAUAUUAUACACCUUCUGGUGGGCCCAAAAGAGAUUUCCGCAAUGUGCAAUAAACUGGAGAAGUGAGAAAAGCUUCUCUUUCUCUGAAAAGAGUGAACUGAAUCUUAUGACUCUUAACCUCUCAUAAGCCCAAACUCAAAAUAUAAAUCCAUAAGAUGCACAGCACCUCAUGCAUCUUCUGAGGCAGUAUGCAUUUUACAUGCAGCAAUAUUUAAUUGCUAAGGCUCUUGGGGGAAAAGGAAAAACAUAAGUGCAUAAGUGUAUGCCUUUGAACUUCCAAAAUGUCAAGGUCAUCACCUUUAACCUCUCUGAAUAAUUAGGCGCCUUAAGGUUCUUCUGUGAUUUUCAACUGCCACCCACUCUCAUACAUACAUGCUCACACAUACAGACCCAUGCACACAUUUAUGACCACACAGAAUCCUACUGGGUGCUCCCCAUAAAUCUAAGAAAAUUUCUAAUUUCAGGAUCAAUAACCUUAAUUUCCCUUCAAAUAUUUGAGCAAUUCAGUAGCAAUUGACUUCUUUUUUGAAAAUACUGGUUAGACUAAAAUGCUUAUUAGCUUUCACUACAACUGGGAUGUGCUGGAGAUGUGGGGGGGGGGGUCUUAAGAAAUGUUUCCCUUUGCUCUAAUGAAGAACUGCAGUAUUAAAAGCAGGCAUUUGAAAAAGUAAGUUCUGUUCAGACUUACAUCUUUGUUAUAUUUGAAAGCAAUUUGCCACCCAUCAAAUAACUUAUGGCACUUUCUAAGCUAUGGAACAAAAGAAAA